AGCCGACGUGCCAGGACCUUACCGUGGGGACAAAAACGAUGAUACAACACCCAAGUAUUUUUCCAAAAAAAUAAUCCCUGGUAGAUAGCCUACUGUAUGCCAAAAUCUCUGCUAAGAAGAAAGCUCCUCCUGCACCUGCCAAACGUUUUCGUUAGGACGGAUUGUUCCCCGAGAAGCUUGCGAAAUGGACGUGAAUGACUCAGGCCUGGCAUGGUUGCAGCAAUACCCUCCGUCCUUGAACUCACACUCUGAGGUUUUCACUCCUGUGACCCUGUGGGACUACGCUGAAUGUCUGUCUGGCAUCCUGAUCUGCUGUGAAAAUGGAAUUGUUGUGGCAACCAUUUUAUCCUCCCAUCUGCUGCGAGCACCCAUGUUCCUUCUCAUCGGCUCACUUGCGUGGGCAGACUCUCUGGCUGGGGUGGGUCUCGUUCUUCGCUUCCUGUCACGCAUAACUGUGUAUUCGGAAGUGCUCUCACUAGCCAGUGUGUGUGUGUGUGUGGGUGCCCUCAGUGCGAGUGUGUGCUCUCAGCUGGGCAUCACCCUGGACCGUUUCCUGUCACUACGCUGCGCGCUGACGUACGGCUCUCACACACACCGCACACACACACGUGCCGCGCUCGCCCUCGCGUGGUUUCUGGCGGCACUGCAAGGGGCCUUGCCACUGCUGGGUGUGAGCUGCGUGCUGGACUCCCUCUCGUCCACGCACUUCAACGCGUGCAGCGUGGUGCAUCCCCUGACGCGGAUUCACCUGAGCGUCCUCUGCGGCGGCUUCCUCUUGAUCCUGGCGGUGAUGCUGCAGCUGAACGCGCACAUCUGCCAGGUGGUGCGACGCCAUGCCCGGAUGAUCGCCCUGCAGCGCCACACUCUCCCGCACGCACACACUCCCAGCCGCUGCCGCACGCACACCCUGGCGCUCGGCUUUGCCACCUUCGCCAGCUGCUGGUUGCCCUUCACCCUCUACGGUCUCCUAGGCGAUGGCUCAGCGCCAGGUCACUACACCUAUGCAACACUAGUACCUGUAGCAACACACUUACUGAUCAACCCGCUCAUCUACGCCUACCGCAACACGCACAUCCGCAAAAUCCUGCUCAAGGCUUUUGGCUGUUCCCACACACAUCUGCAACACACACACACACCCAGUGACGUCUGACACAGUGACGUCUCACACUACAUGAUCUUCUAGAACUGGGAAACUGAUGGAUCUCAUGAACACUUCACUGCCAAAGGCUGCUGCCAACACCUGCCCCUAAAGAAGAGGUAGAGAGAGCUGGACAGAGCUUAGCCCAUCGGACCUGUGCCUCAUUAUCUCCUGCACUUUAUAUAAGACAGACUGAUGUUAACUGAGAACGACACUGCUGAAACUGAUGAGUAGUAUAACUACUGAAAUGGUGCUAGUAUACCUGAUGAGUCUGUGCAGCUGUCUUAGCUUUAAUGGUUUAUAAGAGAACAUUGAAGUUUGUCAGCAUGAAUGUAAUU